AUGACAAGUGUGCACGUUCUCGUGGUUGGCGGAGGCAUCGGUGGACUUGCCGCCGCACAAUUGCUGUCCAAGGUACCUCAUAUUCGAGUCACUCUAUACGAACGGGAUGCAGGGCCCACCACGCGGGAUCAAGGGUUGGCGAUUGGGCUUCGACAGGAGGCAGUGGACAUCUUGACAAAUCAGUUGGGAUGGCCGCACUUGGCCGAAUAUUUUACCGCCGAUGGCGCCAUCAACCUUGCGUUGAUGUCCAAGUCGUCGUCCACCCCACUCAUACUUGUCCGUAACGCGUUGUCGAUUCACUUGCCAGACGGGCGUGUAGCCAGCGCCAUGAUCAGUCGGAGCGACCUCCGCAACGCGAUGAUGGACAGUCUCAACGCCACCGCAGCCAAGCCGCGCGACGGUCUGUCCAUCUUCUACAACAAACAAGUGGUUUCAUACGUUGAAGAGAACGAGCAAGUCGUCGUGACUUGUGCGGACGGCUCGUCAUCAAUGUUCGACUGUGUCGUGGGGGCCGACGGGGCUCGCAACCGCAUCCGUGCCCAACGUUGUCCAGCGCUGGAGCCAGUGGCAUUGGGGUAUUGGACGGAUGCAGGGUCGUGCAUGGUGUCCAUCUGA